AUGGCACUGGUCACUGCAUCACUGAUGGCUGCAGAAAUUGAGCCUCCUGAACCUGUCCACAAAGGACUCUACUUUGACCUAGAUGUAAUCAAACAAUCAGGUGCAGACCUGUCAUUAUGGUCACCAGAUAAUGAAGAAAAUCCCUGGGAAGCAAGUGGGCUGCUCGAAGGUGAUAUCAUGAUAGCAAAGGUAGAUGAUUUGAGAAAUGUCAUUCGGGAUGAAGACAAAUACUGGCCCAAUGGAGUUGUUCCAUACUAUAUAGCCAAAGACCACUUUUCGCAAGAAGAAAGAAGUCGAAUUCGCAGUGCCUUAAAAGAAAUCAACGACAGUACCUGCGUAGUCAUUCGCGAAUUUCAAAAAGGUGAUGAGGACUUCGUUAAAAUAAAAGGAAAUGCUACAGGCUGCUGGUCUUACAUAGGACGGAAACGUGGUGGGCAGGUAGUCAACCUGCAAGCUCCUGCGUGUCUCCGCAAGGGUACUGUCAUCCACGAGUUUCUUCACGUCCUUGGAUUCCACCAUCAGCAUAGCUCGCACGACCGCGACUCCUUCAUAGACAUACACUGGGAAAAUAUUAGACCAGGUGAGAAAGGAUACACCUUGUAG